UCCGCCUCUCAAUACAUACAUGGUAGUGGACCUUCCCAUUCGCUUCGUCAUCUUGUUUAACAAAAUAACCUACCGUAACGUUUUGGAUCAUAAAGCGACACCAAAAGUAUGUCUGUUACAACAGAUCACAUCCGUGACAAACUAAUCAAGGAGAUCGGAGCCGUGCAUGUGGAAGUUGAAGACACAUCCCCUAACAGAUGUGCUGCCAGCUUCAAAGUUCUAAUAGUGUCUCCCCAGUUUGAGGGGAAACCACUGCUGGCGAGACACAGGAUGGUGAACACCUGCUUGGCUGAAGAGCUAAAAGAGAUCCAUGCCUUUGAACAGAAGACGCUGACACCAGAACAGUGGGAGAAACAGAAAGCACAGUGAUGAAGACACACAUUGACCAUAUUUACUUGACAACUUAUUAUGUGUAAAUAAGCAACACUUGCUCACACAAUGUUGACUUUCUGGCCUAACAUCAAUGAUGACUGAAAUUAAGUAUUAAACAUGAUGACAAAACAA